GAUUCUAAACCUUUGUGAUAAACAGGAAGAGGACACAGUGGGCUUCCGAAAGAACAAACACACAAACAAAAACAUGCACUUAGUUGACCAUUGCAUGUCAUCAGUCUAGAAUACGGCAACGUUGUCAAUUUAGGAUGUAAAACUCAAUUAAUAGCGUUAGUGUGUGUAUGUUUAUUCGUUUAGUCUCUGAGGAAAACGAGCCAUUUAUAUCUCCGCCCGUUUUGGGGUUUGUGCUGAAACCUGGCAACCCGUCUCGCAGCCAGCAGAGAGUCAACGAAGAGUUGACAGGAACAACAUCAUUGCUUCGUACACACAUUAUUUAUGGAUUGCCUCACUAACAAGAAAAGCCUUUGUUUAUUGUAUUAGCAAGUGACAGUUCAUUCACAACGCCAGAUCAACAACAGCGAGAUGUACCCUCUGUGACAUUCGGUAUGCUGGCCUAUUGGAUUUGAACAGGUUGAAGACGAGUAAAGAGGCUGCCGUGCCAGUCAAGAGUUUGAACCUACGGUAGGGGAAGAGAUGGGGAACACAGCGACCAAAUUCCGUAAGGCUCUAAUCAAUGGGGACGAGGCGCUGGCCUGCCAUCUCUAUGAGAGCAACCCGCAGUUCAAGGAGGCUCUGGAUCCCAACUCUACAUACGGAGAGUCCUACCAGCACAACACUCCACUGCACUAUGCUGCCCGGCACGCCAUGGCACGCCUACUCAGGUCUUUUCUCCUAAGCAAAGAUGGGAAUCCUAACAAGCGUAAUGUGCACAAUGAGACAUCUCUGCACCUGCUCUGCAUGGGGCCCCAGAUCCUGACCUCAGAGGGGGCACUGCAACCCCGGAUCUCACGUCCAUAUGAAGACAAACAUCGUCGGGCUGAAUCUCUGCAAAUCAUCCUGGCAUGGACCGGAGCAAAGCUGGACCACGGAGAGUAUGAGAGCGCUGAUAUUAAUGCCACAGACAACAAGAAAAACACCUGCCUGCACUAUGCUGCUGCGUCAGGCACGAAGACCUGUGUUGAGUUCCUGGUGCAGAGAGAAGCGGACCUGUUUGCGGAGAACGAAGACCGUGAGACUCCAUGUGACUGUGCAGAGAAGCAGCACCACAAGGAGUUGGCCCUCUGCCUGGAGUCGCAGAUGGUCUUCUCUCUUGCCCCCGAGGCAGAGGGUAUAGAGGCAGAGUACGCAGCCCUUGACCGAAGAGAGUUGUAUGAGGGCCUGCGGCCUCAGGAUCUGCGGAGGCUGAAGGACAUGCUGAUAGUAGAGACAGCCGACAUGCUGCAGGCCCCUCUCUUCACUGCAGAGGCACUGCUACGUGCCCAUGAUUGGGACAGAGAGAAGCUCCUGGAGGCCUGGAUGAGCGAUGCGGAGGAAUGCUGCCAACGCUCAGGGGUACAGAUGCCCAACCCACCUCCAAGUGGUUACAAUGCCUGGGACACCUUGCCCUCGCCUCGGACGCCACGCAACACCCGCUCCUCCGCCACCUCCCCAGACCAAAUCAGCCUCAUGCCUGCCAAUUUGGAGUCCUCUCUGUGUGGUAUCUGCAUGUCUUCCAUUUCUGUCUUCGAGGAACCCGUUGACAUGUCCUGUGGCCACGAGUUCUGCAGAGCAUGCUGGGAAGGAUUUCUAAAUCUAAAGAUCCAAGAGGGUGAAGCCCACAACAUCUUCUGCCCGGCCUUUGACUGCUACCAGCUAGUGCCUGUGGAAGUCAUUGAGAGUGUGGUGUCCAGAGAGAUGGACAGGCGCUACCUCCAGUUUGACAUCAAGGCAUUUGUGGAGAACAAUCCAGCAAUCCGCUGGUGUCCUGAGGCAGGUUGUGAAAGGGCAGUGAGACUGAACACCCAGGGCCCUGGGAUCUCCACCUCAGACCCUCUUAACUUUCCCCUCCUUCGGGCCCCAGCUGUAGAUUGUGGCAAAGGCCACCUCUUCUGCUGGGAGUGUCAAGGUGAGGCCCAUGAGCCCUGUGACUGUGAGACCUGGAAGUGGUGGCUACACAAAGUCACUGAGAUGAGACCUGAGGAAUUGGCUGGUGUGAGCGAAGCUUACGAGGAUGCAGCCAACUGCUUGUGGUUGCUCUCUAACUCUAAACCCUGCGCCAAUUGCAAGUCCCCAAUACAGAAACACGAGGGCUGCAACCACAUGCAGUGUGCCAAGUGUAAGUAUGACUUCUGCUGGAUCUGUCUGGAGGAGUGGAAAAAGCACAGCUCAUCAACUGGAGGCUACUAUCGGUGCACCCGCUACGAGGUCAUCCAGCAGGUGGAGGAGCAGUCGAAGGAGAUGACUGAAGAGGCGGAGAAGAAGCACAAGAGCUUUCAGGAACUCGACCGUUUUAUGCACUACUACACACGCUUCAAAAACCACGAGCACAGCUAUCAGCUGGAGCAGCGCCUGUUAAAAACAGCCAAAGAGAAGAUGGAGCAGCUCAGUCGAGCCCUGAGUGGAAGGGAAGAAGGCCCACCUGACACUACAUUUAUUGAAGACGCAGUCCUAGAACUGCUAAAGACCCGCCGCAUCCUGAAGUGCUCUUAUCCUUACGGGUUCUUCCUGGAGCCCAGAAGCACAAAGAGAGAGAUCUACGAGCUUAUGCAGACGGACUUGGAGAUGGUAACUGAGGACCUGGCACAAAAGGUUAACCGGCCUUAUCUGCGGACGCCCCGCCACAAGAUCAUCCGUGCAGCGUGUCUGGUUCAGCAGAAGAGGCAGGAGUUCCUGGCCUCAGUAGCCCGGGGAGUGGCCCCCAAUGACUCGCCAGAGGCCCCCAGGCGCAGUUUCGCUGGUGGGACGUGGGACUGGGAAUAUUUAGGCUUUGCAUCAUCUGAGGAGUACGCAGAGUUCCAGUACAGACGGAGACACCGGCAGCGGAGGCGAGGAGACAUGUCGAGUCUCCGAAGCAGCACACCCGACCCUGAUGACUCCAGCGACAGCCUUUUAGACGCACAGGAUAUCGGAGGGGGGCGUAGACAUCAUCUGAUGGGUCUCGGUUCUUUGGAUGACGAUGACCCUAACAUUCUUCUGGCCAUUCAGCUGUCGCUCCAGGACUCUGCGAUGGCAGAGAUUGGGUCCAAUCACGACUUCCUUGCCAACGAAGCCUCACUCGGCGCUAUCGGCACUUCUCUGCCUUCUAGGCUGGAACAGAGUGCUCCAGGUGUAGAGGUCCUUUCCAGAGCUUCUCUAAGCAGCUCAGAGCUGCUGGAACUGGGAGAUAACUUGGCCAGACUUGGCAACAUCAGCAGCCAGUACUCUGCCUCCAGCGGUGUUCCCACCUCUAUGCAGCACUGUGACAGUCACCACCGGGCCUACGGGGGUUCUGUGCCGAUACCAGUAGCUCCAGGUGGCAGCAACUCAUCCACAGGCCUCUUCUCCACUUCCAUCGACACGUUAGACUCCACCACAUACGGCAGCCACGACACAUCGUCCUCCUCUUCCGCAUUAGCAGCAAAUGCGAACCUGCUGGGUAACAUCAUGGCAUGGUUCCACGACAUGAAUCCUCAAGGUGUCACCCUUGUUCCCUCAACCUCUUCUGACUCAAACCUCAGCGCACUCCAUGCAGGCGGGGGAGGGGGCCUGCAGGAGGACGAGAAAGGCGGAUACGUCUCGCCUGAGAACAGGAAACCUCAGGAAGUGACGGCAGAUGCGGGUUUCUGCCCUCACAUGGAGGAGAAGGAGUGUCCCGUUGCUCAGAGGCCCACCCAGUUAGAUCUAGUGGGUCUGGACACCAUGCCGCUACCUUACAUGGCCACCCUUGACACAAGUGAAGACCAUGCGGCACGGGGAGGCUCAAAGGCCUGCCGCGUCGACACUCCGCAAUGUGACUCUGGAUCUGACCUGCUGCCCAGCACCAGCUCCUCUGAGUGGGAGGACCAAGUGCACUUGGUUUGAACUGGACGGCUGAGAUGGGAAGGUGCUCUUUCGGAAAGGCCAAAAACCACUAUAGAUUGCAAAUGGAUAGAGUUGAGGAAUAUGUGCAGUAGCUAUUCAGAUAGAAUGUAUACAGAAUUAAGAAUGUGUCAGUUUGUACUGUGGGGGAAGAAGUGUUUAGACUCUUUAGGCUCGUACAUACUUUCCGUGUCCGCAAACAGCUGUUAUGUUCCUCCUCUUUGCAAACCGGCUAAAGGCACAUGCGCAGUCGAAAGCAUAUCAUCCGUAUGAUUUUGGGUUGCACGCGGACGGACGGAUAUGGCGGAUGACGACAUUUGCGCCAUGAGGAUCAAAGCGGACCCUUGCGGACACGCUGAAAGUGUGAAUUGGCUUUUAGGGUUAGUAAACCAUUGCAGUGUGUUUGCUGUAUUAUCAGCCCCCCAACAACCAGCCCUCCUGUAAAGAGCACUAAAUGAAGGAAACAUUUUUCCAGGAUAUAUUUCCUAAAAUGAUUCUGUGCUGAUGGAACAUGAAUAACUUGAGUUUUCUGAAAUCACUUUAAAAAGAGAUCAGAUAUGUAGAGACUUAAGCGUAGUGCAGAUAUCUUUUCUUCUUCCACUGGAGUAAAAGCCUACUGUCUCAAUCAGGUCUCAACUUUACAUACUGUGUGAGCAGUAAAAUAUUUUAUUCCAACUCGGUGUGUGUGGGGUACAGGGAGAGUCUUGCUCCUGUCCACAUCUGCGUACUUUAUCGGUGCCAAACACUGACUCGCCAAGUAGAUUCUUCAAAGCAAAUUGUGCCUGCUUAUAACAAUCUCAACGACUCAGCUCAACUUAAAUGUGAAAGUCUCGAGCCAUAUUUAUAUUUGAGAUUGCGGCUGUGUGAUAUUUUUCAAAUGUCACUAUCUGAAAGCUGUAGUGUGCUGUGUAAAUCUCUCGUUUAGGACCAUUAUGUUUGCGUAGUUUAUAACGUGAAACAUUCACACAACAAUUUAGAUGCAUUGUCCAAAUGAAAGGUUGGUGGCUUGCUUGAUUUGACAGUUACUCAUGUCGAAGCCUAAACCCUAACACACUUUCAAUGAGAAAUAUCUUCAGAAACAGCCGACGUUGACGGGCCCAGAGGGGCUGCUCAGUGCCAGUUCAGUAUAUUCUGAAUUCCAUUGUAUCUCACUCAUAUCGGUGUGUGAGUUCUGCAGCUGAAUGUGGAGCGUGACAGACUAAGUAGACAGUGAGUAGUCUUGUUUAUCUACUGCAGAAAAAGCCCAGUGAGAGAGAUAAUCAGGCAAUCUCAUUCUGACUUUGGUGAAUUAAUUAAUCAUGCCCAAGUCACUGUAAUGAAUCUCUGGGUCCUAUUUAAGUGUAAUAUAAGCAAAGCCUUCUUAGAGCUCCACAGACGUCCUGGGCUGCAGGGUAAUGCAUGGAGAGUUCACAGUCCAUGUUCUCUACGCAGCGAGACAUACAGUGCCUUUAUGUCAAUCACCUUUAUUUUCAUUCUUCUGAGUGCUAAUUACACAGUAUUUACAGUGUAAAGGAAACACCUGUUACCUUAAAGUUGUUUCUCUCACAUAAUCGUGUGUAAACAUGAGAUCUUGAUUUUCUUUUUUUCUCAUCAAAAUAUUUGCAGCAUGAGACUUUUUUGUUGGCUCUAGUAGUAUGUUAAGGGAUAACACUGAUUGUUCAUGAUUUGGUAUGAAGGGUAACUUUUAAUGUCAUACUUUCAAAUCUGGCUCCCAAAUAUUUUGGCGAAAGAAAAGGUUUUAAUGCUCUAGUUUUUUGUGCACUACAUUUGGGAAGUUUUUCUGUGAUUUAGAAACUAAAAUCACUGUACUGACUUUUGAGUUCACUUAUUGAUCAUGUAUCUUACCUGAAGACACUAAAACGGAGGAAUGUUGCAAUAUAAAGUAGGUAUUUAUUUGAAAUCAAUGUAAUCCAUUAAAGAAAAUGGAUUGUGAAUAACCAAUGACACAUGAUCAGUGUUUUACCUUUAAGAGUUAAUUCUGUUUUUGUACAGACUAAUGUCUGACUGAAGUAAAUUAUCUUUUUUUCCCCCUUGCAGACGUUUAGAGCCGCAUUAAAUCUAAAGGCGGACAUGCCGAGUGUCUUGAAGUUGUGAAACUGUGAGUGCCAUAUGGUUAGUGGAGCUAACUUUGUUGGACUUGGUUAAUGGAAGUGGGUUCAAACGGAGGAGUAACAUACGGUUGCCCUUUCUGUAUCACAGUAUGCUGUGCAUGAAAUGAGUUGAAAUGGAAUUUGUACUUCCUUUGUAUUUCACCUCUAAUGUUCAGGUGAUUUAUUUUAACAAUGGCAUAUAGGAUUUUGUAACUCACUGAGAUUUUCUAUUGUAAAGCAACUAAUCCUUGAAAUGCUAUUUGCACUUUCGUAGUCUAUACUUGAUACAUUCCCUCUUUAUAUGAAACAUGUUUGAUGUGUGAUGCCAAUAAACAAUGUGUUGAGUUUUAA